GUGUCUGUGGUAACUAGGGACGACCAACAAUCACCUUCCACCGCAGAAUGAGAAAAAUUAUAGAUUUUACUUCUGAUUUAUGUAUUUUCUAUUUAAUAAAAGUGCACAUUUCAUGCGAUUAUUUAUUCAAACAUUAUAAAGCAAAAAAAAUGUUUUACCAAAACUACAUAUCUGGUAUUCGCCCACUUAGUGAAUGUAGCAUGUCGUUGCCAUAGUUACAGCGUUUCGUCUGGAGCCAGGCAGAGGGAUUGUUGACAUGGGAAGUUGUCAAGCUUUCCACAACAAUAAAUAGCUAGCCAGCUAGAUAACAAUGCCGCAUGUCACAUGCAACGGGACUUUGAUCCUUUGAAAGUGUUUACAGAAACUUGCAAGUUUUUAUAGAAACUGUCAAAGAAAAAUGGCAGACAUUCUCAAACACUCAGAUGAGCUUGGAAACGUUUUAGUCCAGGUCCAGGAUGAUUUGAGACAGCUGAAGCGUAGUCUUGGCCGUAUCACCUUCCAGGAGAAGGGAGAAUCCGUGGACCUCCAGGCUUUGGACACUGCCAUCCGCAGGACAGAGAGUGGGAUCAGGAGGCGUGCAGAGCAGUUUCAGAAGACAGUCAAUAGGCAGGUACUGAUACUUCCCAGCAUUGAAGACCUAGAGAAGAAGAAGGCAGAUGUACAGAUUCCCAAAUGGAGGCCCCCUCUGGAGAGUAUCCCACGCAUGCAUCAUCAGAGAGGUCAGAGUGUGGGGGCUUCACCUGGGGAGAAGCACAAGGCAGCGUUGGCCAUGCGUCUGCUGUAUAAUCCAAUUCAUCCAAAGAACAGGACUCUGAUGCACCAAAACUAUGGAAUUCAGCUUCCUGGUCUACGUAAGAGAUCGGCUACGAUAGGGCCCACUCAAAGGGUAGUGACUGGUCCCACAGUGGGCAGUCUGGCUAUAGUGCCAGGUGGAGCAUGCAACAAUCUGUACCUGGUACCACCACUGUCUGAAGAAGACAUGGCAGCAGGCAUUGCCAGUCUACUGGAGAAAGGUUUACCAUCCACAGCUACAGAUCUGUUCUGGGCUCCUGUCCGACCCGCGGCUGCUCCGUUACACCGUAGAGAAGAGAGCUGCUCCUCCAAGAUGGCCCUGCCAGAGAAGACAUGGCGGGGUCAGAGGGACUUGAUCUGGGGCAAGGAUCCUGACCUCUCCCACGGUCACGGCAGAGCACGCCGGUCCACCUGGACCAUCCACACCCCGCCCACCUCCGCCAGCUCCAAGAGCUCCGAACACAGGCAAAUGACCCGGCUUGCACCCCUCAACCCCCAGUGUCUCCCUGCUCUGGCUUCCACAUCCAUCAGUAAGUUGUCCUUCACCAUCCUGGAGGGCCACAUCAAUCCCAUGGCCCCAGACUUCUGCCGCUUCAAGCAGCACUACUGUCUGUGCUGGGGCCUGCUGGUGGAGGUGCUGUUGGGGCUGGAGAGUCUUCUGAGGCAGUAUGCUGUCCCCAUGGCCAGGGUCAACGGAGAGAGCCUGGUACAGCUGGCACAGAGCGGGGAUCUGGACUGGGCCGUAGGAAGAGGAGGCGUUAGCUCGUUGGAGCGUCUCCUCUCGGCGAUGGAGAACAGAGAGGAGGUUUGGGACCUGGUGUACCGACCAGGGCAGCGCUACCGGGGAGAGGGAGGCGCGGAGGCUGCCGCGGUACGGAUCCAGAGCUGCUGGAGGCGCCACCGGGCCCGUAACGCCUACCUGCGCCACCGACACAGGAAGUGGGCGGCUGGGACCAUCGCUAUCUCCUGGCUGAUGCACGCUCAACUGGGCCGCGUCAGGAAGGGACUGCAGGAGAGCAGGAGGACACACCUGGAUAACUACCGCAUCAGGGGCCAGUAUCUGUCAGCCAACUGGAAACACAUCCAGGCUUCCAGAAGGACCAUCAUACACAUCCCAUCAUUAGGUUACUCCCAGCUGCAGCGUUUCAGCCUGAAGGGUUUUGACAUCCUGCAGAACGUCCAGAUGGGACGACUGUGUGAUGUCAGAGAUGAGAACGUGCAGGUGAUCUAUGUGUCUCCUGUGCGUCUGGGAGAUGACCUGUUCCAGUAUUACACCAGACUGCUGGGCUUGCAACAGAGAGGUCAGGGAGGACCCCAGGAGGCCACGGGAGGACCCCAGGAGGCCACGGUAGACCCAGGGGGCGGAUGGGGAGGAGGGGCCAGGACAACCCAGGCCUCCUGUACGAAACGCUUCACCAUCCUCACUCCUGAUGCUCUGGAAGACUUCCCGACCCACAACAUGUGUCUGUCCACGCUGUUAAAGUACAGCCCUCGAACCCUACGACGAAUCCGUAACCUGAUCCAGGGUCAGCAUGCCUACAUGGUGGGCGGUGUGGCCCACUUAGAUGACCUGGCAGUGGCUGAUGAGCUGGGGGUUCCCCUCCUGGGGCCAGAACCUGCUGUGGCCCGACUCUACAGCACCAAGUCCGGAGGCAGGAGGAUCUUUACUGGCGCAGGGGUCACCGUGCCCCCAGGACAGUGGGACAUAUACUCCUUACAACAGCUCCAUGAAACCCUGGCCCAGCUGAUGACAGACCACAUGGAGGUGAGGCGCUGGCUCUUCAAGAUGGACUCUGAGAUGGGUGGGCGGGGCACAGCAUACUGCGAUGUGUCUCACCUGAACUGCUCUACCUGGGCUCAGCAGGAGUACAGCCAUCACAGUCCUGAACGCUGGCGGAAGGCCUGGGCUCAGGAGCCUGUUCUUAUUAAGUACCUGGAGGAGGUUCCAGAGUGGUUAUCCCGCUAUGCCCAGCCUGUUAAAACCUCCUGUUACCCCACCUGGGCCUGUUUCCUGGACACCUUCCUUAGACAAGGUGGUGUAGUGGAGGGAUAUCCUCCCUCGGACAGUGUUACCUGUCUAACAGUAGACCUGCUCCUGCAGCCAGACGGAGAGGUCACCAUGCUGUCCUGUGGAGACCAACUCCACGGCCCCAGUGAGUUGGAUACGGCGGGAUCCUCAGUGCCUCAGACCUCUGUGUGUCCUGAUGCCCUGCACACCCUCUGUCUCCGCGUGGGACAGGCCUGUCUUCAACGCCACAUCACCGGACACGUCUCUAUAGACCUGGCCACCUUCCUGGACCCUAGGACACUGGAGCAGCAGGUGUGGGCGGUGGACCUGGACCUAAGUUAUAGUAACCAGUUGGCCAUGACCCAGCUGAUGCUCUUGGUGACGGGAGGAAAGCUGGACUGCCGGACGAGUCGUCUGGAGGUCGCCAAGCCCUUCCUGCUCCAGAAAGGAUCCAAAGACACUGCUCUCCCAGCGGUGGCCAGUCACUAUGCUGUCCUGGGGAGCCGGCUGCUCCACACCAAUCUGUCCAUGGUGCACUAUAGUGUCUUCUUCCAGAUGUGCAAGGCUCAAGGCAUCGGCUUCGACAUCAAGGAAAAGCAAGGCACUGUCUUUGUUCUCCAUGACAGCUGUGAGAGAUACAGUCUGGGAAUGGUAACCGUCAGUGACGACCUCCAGGGCGCCUUGAUGACCUUUGCUCGUAACCUGUCCGUCAUCCAUCAGGAGGUAUCAGCUCCCAACAUGCAGGGAGAGACUAACUUUAAGGAUCUGAUUAGGGACAUAGAAGAGGUUUUGGGAAUUACAAUCCAGAAUAAAUCCCAGGUGACCAAAGAAGAAGAGGAGACUGUUGCUGUCGCUGUCCGGACUAAACUGGAUCACUGACCCUCUCUCCCACACACGCACACGCACACACACACACACACACACACACAACUAGGAUGACUUGGUCACUUUAUGGAAGAAAUGCGGCCGUUUUGAUCAGAUCUCAAUGCCAAUUAUUCCAACUGAUAAUUUUAGACCCUAUUAUCUAUUUCUAUAUGUAUUUCAUAGAGUUUAUCCUACUUACUAGGGAAAAUACAUUAUUCCAUCCCUGAACGACUGUGACCUCUGUUAAUGUGUGAUUGUUCAUACUGUAGCCUAAACACAAUCAGGGAACAAGUUCCCGUGUGGCUCAGUUGGUAGAGCAUGGUGUUUGCAACGCCAGGGUUGUGGGUUCGAUUCCCACGGGGGACCAGUACAGAGAAAAAAAUGUAUGAAGUGUAUGAAAUGUAUGCAUUCACUACUGUAAGUCGCUCUGGAUAAGAGCAUCUGAUAAAUGACAAAAAAUGUAUUUAGAGCAACUGAAGUUAAGUCCAUAAAAAAACAUUAUGAUAGAUUCAAAUAUACAUUUAAUGUAGAGAGUAAUUUAUCGAAAAAUCACCCUUCAGCUAGGAACUAAAGUUCGCUGUGCUAUGUUGCUGGUCAGACGAAAUAUAUUGCUAUAUUCAGUUGCAGGGUGAGUUGAAGCAAAGAUUAUGGAUAUAUUGACAAGAUGCAUGUCUCUCCACCCUAACCAAUGAGAGUCCAACAAAACGUCACGGAAAGGAUUCGUCUAGUUCCCGCCUAUCCUUUCUUUGGAUUGGUGCAUACAUCUCAUUAUUAUAAUCCUUUUCUUUUUUUUGAAAAUAUUCGACGAGGGUUGUUGACGUCAGCCGCCUGUAUUCACUGGAGAGAGAUGCUAUGCUAGCUAGCCUCAUCAUGAAUAUGCAUAGCCGUCUCAAUACAACUCCUAUAUAAAAUGAUUUUUGUUUCUUCCUCAAAGCUGCCAGGAUUUCACAUAUUCUACUUAUAUCGUUAAACUCGUAACAACUUACGAACCUUCUAUUCGAUCAAAUAAACUUCAGGGGGGGGGAAAACACUCCUUGUGGCUCGGUUGGCGAAACGACGAAGAAAUGCCAACUGCUGAAGGGAGACACAUUUUUUUCUGCAUCGUCUCUCGUCCAUCUUUCUCUCUGGUUGAAGUUCCUUACGAUCCUUGGGGCGUCCUUGGGGCAUCCUUGGGGCAUCCUUGGGACAUCCUUGGGACGUCCUUGGGACAUCCUUGGGACAUCCUUGGGGCGUCCAUGGGACAUCUUUGGGACAUCCUUGGGGCGUCCUUGGGACAUCCUUUGGGACGUCCUUGGGGCGUCCUUGGGGCGUCCUUGGGGCGGCAGGGUAGCCUAGUGGUUUAGAGCGUUGGGCUAGUUAACUGACUAGUUAAUUUUAAAGGUCAAAUAAAACAUGAAUCAAACCCAGCAGUUGCUUUCUGUGUGGUGUUACAUUGGAUUUAACCAGCUUAGGUAUCACAUUAAAUCUGUGUGGAUUUUAACAGUAAUAGCAGCAGAAGGUUUGAAUGUUGAACUGUUGUUGAACACAUAUCCAUUAAACAUGUUGGAUUACAUCAUGAAAAAAAAACAGUUGGAUCAGUAUUUAUCAUUCAGCGUUGAUGAAGCUGUCGGUCUGAUCGAGGCGUUAGGGGGAGGUUCCGAGGAUCCCGGAUAGGUUAGCACCUUGAAAAAGUUGAAAAUUGAUCGACCAAAGCAAAAUAAUAAUAAUAAUGUUUCCAAACUCUGACAGAACGGACAUGAGACUACAUUCUAUGAAGCAGCGUUGUCUUUCUCUUCAGAGGAGACCGUUGGCCAAAUACGAUAAUACACAGAACGGUUAGCCUCAUUUUCCUGUGUUGACAAGCUAGCUUACUGACUAUACAAAUCAUUAAAAUCCAGACGGAAAAUAUUUACACAAGAAGCAACCUAAUAUCACACAGUCAACCUCUCAUUUCAUUUAGUAAGUUCACCAUUCUGCCGUUCUCACUGUUAAACAUCGCACAGUGUUCAACACAACGGCUCUUUAUGUCAAUCAUUUAAUCUGAUCAGUCAACACCAGGUUUCUUUUUCUAAAGUAAUCUAGUAUCAUUUCAUUUCAACCCAAUAAGCAAAAAAAAUAAAAACUGUACCAAUCUGGUGGUCUUUACAGCUGGCGUACUUUGAAGAACGUCCACACUUUAUUCCCCCCCCCCGGCCUAAUAUUAUGCGGGUGCCAUAAGCUAGCUAGCUAGCUAGUUAAUAGCAUGACAGAAGUACACCGGCGUAUACACAACAUCUUCCUCAAAGUUGUCCUGUUUCCGAGGCACUAUGAAAGAAAGGACAACUGCGUCCUGCAGCUUCCUGCUACAGCGCCGUCACCAACGACCAGUUUGAAACGGUCCAAUUUCACUGGGCGGUAGGUACAGGGAGGCAACUACCAGAUGCUGAGGACGGGCUGCUUCCCCUUUAUCAAGUAACCAAGCACCGCCACAGAACCUAGACUUUGAAGACAAGUUCUUCAGCGUGUUUAAAGUCAUCAAUUUAAGCCAAGGGGAGACUAGUGACCUCGGCAUACAGUUGAAGUCGGAAGUU